GAAGGAAGCAACUUUGGGCAGCUGCUGGGAAACUUGCUGAUGAUAAGAAUCGAACCGUUGUGGUGGGAGUUGGAAAAGAACAUUUUCGCCUUUAAGAGCACCUCGCAAGUUUCAGUAAAGAAAGCAAGGAAGGAAGAUAAUGUGAUUGUGAUGGGCAAUAUUAUGUUCUUCCCAAAAUUUAGCAAAAAGAGUAUCCGUAGUAGUAAUAGUAGGGGUGUUUCUGGUUCCAUCUCUUCUGCCGACAGUAGCAGCGAGCUAAGACACAGAGGAUCAGAACCACCACCAAUAAUCACAAGAAGAGGACUACCACCACCAGCACCAACUGCUCGUAACCGGCCCUUUUCUUCUUCAUCUUCAUCUUUCUCCUCAACUUCUUCUUCCCACCUACCACGGCCCACUUCAAUUAAUAUUGGUACCAAAGUUUCUAUGGACAGUAGUAGUGGCAGUAACAGCAGCACCAUUAAAAGCAGCAAGAAGUAUGAGUACAUCCCAGAUAAUUUCUCAUCUCUUGAUCAGGUCACAGAAGCUUUGAAAGAAUCAGGUCUAGAGUCAUCCAAUUUGAUUCUCGGGAUAGAUUUCACUAAAAGCAAUGAAUGGACAGGUAAAGUUUCAUUCAACAAUCGAAGCCUACAUGCCAUUGGUGAUGCACCUAAUCCAUAUGAGAAAGCCAUAUCUAUCAUUGGAAAGACUUUGGCUCCCUUUGAUGAAGACAACUUAAUACCAUGUUUUGGUUUUGGUGAUGUUACCACACAUGAUCAAGAAGUCUUUAGCUUUCACAGUGAUCAUUCUCCUUGCCAUGGCUUUGAAGAAGUUUUAGCCUGCUAUAAGAGAAUAACUCCCAACCUGCAAUUAUCUGGGCCAACAUCCUAUGGACCAGUAGUAGAUGCUGCAGUAGACAUAGUAGAGAGGAGUGGUGGACAGUAUCAUGUUUUGGUUAUAAUAGCAGACGGCCAGGUUACAAGAAGUGUUAAUACAAGUGAUGUAGAACUCAGCCCACAAGAAGCGAAAACGAUCAAGUCAAUAGUCAAUGCUAGUUUGUAUCCACUGUCAAUUAUUCUUGUUGGAGUUGGUGAUGGACCUUGGGAGGACAUGAAAAAGUUUGAUGACAAGCUCCCAGCUCGUGAAUUCGAUAAUUUUCAGUUUGUCAAUUUUACUGCUAUUAUGAGCAAGGACCAAAGUGCUUCUGAAAAAGAAACUGCAUUUGCUCUUGCUGCCCUGAUGGAGAUCCCAAUCCAAUAUAAGGCAGCCAGAGAACUUGGCCUUCUGGGUCGCGUGACAGGUAGAGCAAAGAAAAUAGUUCCACGUCCCCCGCCAGUUCCUUAUGCUCGUCGUACAACAUUUGAGUCGAGAGAACAAAGCAAUCUUUCAGCUUCUCUUCCAGAUGAAAGAAGUCAGGACUGUCCGGUUUGCUUAACAAAUGGGAAGAAUCUGGCCUUUGGCUGUGGACAUAUGACUUGCAGAGACUGCGGAUCAAGGGUAUCAAACUGUCCAAUUUGUCGCCUGCCAAUAACCAGUCGUCUCAGGCUUUAUACUUGAUGUUGUAGCUGGUGCAACUACCUAACAGGAUAUGUACUCCAUUUGCUGUUAUCUUAUUUGCUUUCCAUGGUCUGCCAAGAUAUCAAGUUCUGAAACGGGGUUUCCUAUUCUGUAAAUAUUAUGAAGUGCAAAGCACUCAGUAAACGUGUUGUAUAUUGGUAGUAAUCUGUUGCAUGUAAUUUACUGCUUCUGUAAUAUGUAAUCUCUGAGAGAGACUGAUAUUUGUACAAGUUAAAUCCAUCAACAUUGAUAUGUUUAUGAGGAUCUAGAGAACUUCAGUCUCUCUCUCUCU